AUGAAAUCAACCGAAUGUCAACCAUGUGAUUAUUCAUUAGCAGGUGUGAUUAAGUCAUGUGCAGCUAUCGCGUCACUAAACCAUGGACGCCAACUUCAUGCUCAACUUAUUCAAUCAGGGUUUGAAUCGAGCCUUUCCGCUUCCAAUUCUUUAAUCACAAUGUACGCAUGUUGUGGGGUCCUUCAAGAUUCACAGUAUGUAUUCCUUACAAUGCCAUGUUUAGAUUCAGUGUCUUGGAACACAAUGAUUGCAGCUUUGAGGCAGCACGGGCAUGGUGCUCGGGCAGUUGAGCUUUUCGAAGAAAUGCUAAAAGAGGACAUAGUUCCUGAUCGAAUAAAAUUCCUUACGAUUAUUUAUGCUUGUAGCCACUCGGGUUUUGUUGACCAAUGUCAACGGUAUUUCAACUCGAUGAAAGAUUCAUACGGUAUAACCCCGGGUGAAGAUCAUUACGGUCGUUUGAUCGAUUUGUUAUGUAGAUCUAGGAAAUUCACCGAAGCAAAAAACAUGAUCGAAAAAUUACCAUUCUACCCUGGUGCACCGGUUUGGGAAGCACUACUUGGUGGGUGUAGAAUCCAUGGAAAUAUGGAGUUAGGGGUCAAGGCUGCAAAAGACUUUUUGAAUUAA